AGCUCUAUUUUGAACCAACUGAAGUAUCCGGACCGUCUUCAAGGGAAGCCCCACGUAAAGCGCAUUACAGAAGUCAAGGCGGGAAGUCACCAGCGCGUGUGUCACCGUCGCCAGGCAGUCAUCAUCAUUCCAUUCCUUAGCAUACAAAGGAAGUCAAACAACUUUGGAAAAUGUAUACCUUUAGGUGCCAUUUCCCCAUUUUGUUGCACCUGAUUUGUGCAAUUGUCCUGUUUGUGCAAAUCAAACAGAGAUCACAAAUGACCCUGGUAAAUGAGAUGAGAAGAGCAUUAAAUGGAUAUUUAGAGAAUAUGGAAGAAUGUGAGCAUCACUUGUUCACCCACAGUUAGCCUACAGGUCUAGAAAUUGCUCUUGUGUCCUCAUAUACUGUCUUAUUGAUCCAGAUCACUGCUACUCAAAAUGUAAAUUAAAAAGUAUACUUGAAUUCUGUGCCUCAAGGCUUGCAGACUUGGCUGGCUUGCUUGGUGGCACUUUAUUUUGUCAAUGGCAGGUGGGAAGAGAGGAGGAGUGCAUGUGGCUGCAUCCACCAAUGCUUCGCUUCAGCUGCAGCAGGGUCAAGGAAGGAAUGGGCGUUCAGUAGCUGACCACCAGCACCGGGUCUCUUCCCAUUCACAGCUUCCAAGAUUGAGGUGCACCUCUACAAAUCCCCUGCCUCCAAGCGCCAUCGGUUUCACCAUGUGACCCAGACAAGUCUGAAUGGGGCCCCAAGUCCUGAGAGGACUACCCUACGGAAUCCACAAUCACCGUAAAGAUGACAAAAGUCCAUUGUCUCUCAGUGUCGUUCUUCUUCCCACACUGCUCAGGCUUAAGUGACAUUGAUUCAUCAGUUUACUAGACACAGAAAUGAAUAACUCAACAAACAUAAGCAAUUUGGAGAAUGUAAUGGCCUUGGCGAGUCCUUAUAAAACAGUUGAGGUUGUCUUCAUUGUCCUGGUGGCUGGGUCCCUCAGCUUAGUGACCAUCAUUGGGAACAUUCUUGUUAUGGUGUCCAUCAAAGUCAACAGGCACCUUCAGACAGUUAACAAUUAUUUCCUGUUCAGCUUGGCAUGUGCUGACUUGAUCAUUGGUGUCUUUUCCAUGAACCUGUAUACACUUUACACUGUGAUUGGCUACUGGCCAUUAGGACCUGUGGUUUGUGACUUGUGGCUGGCUCUUGACUAUGUGGUCAGCAACGCCUCUGUCAUGAACCUCCUCAUUAUCAGUUUUGACCGAUAUUUUUGUGUCACCAAGCCCCUGUCCUAUCCUGUCAAGCGGACCACUAAAAUGGCAGGUAUGAUGAUCGCAGCUGCCUGGGUGCUGUCUUUCAUCUUGUGGGCCCCUGCAAUUCUCUUCUGGCAGUUCAUUGUGGGGGAAAGGACUGUCCCCGAUGGAGAAUGCUACAUUCAGUUCCUGUCCAAUGCAGCUGUCACCUUUGGCACUGCCAUUGCAGCUUUCUACCUGCCCGUUAUCAUCAUGACUAUUCUCUACUGGCAAAUCUCUCGGGCCAGUAAGAGCAGGAUUAAAAAAGACAAAAAAGAGGGUGGCCAAAACCAGGAUCCAGUUUCUCCAAGUUUGGUCCAAGGUAAAAUAGUGAAGCCAAACAAUAACAACAUCCCAACCAAUGAAGAUGGGAUAGAUCACAGUAAAAUCCAGAAUGGUAAAGCCACAGGAGAAUCAGUGAUAGAAAAUUGUGUUACUGCAGAGGAAAAAGAAAGUUCCAAUGACUCCACCUCAGUUAGUGUUGUAGCUUCCAAUGUGAAAGAGGAUGAAGCCAUCAAAGAGGACAUCAGGGCUUCUGUCUCCCAAGUCAAUGCCAAAGUGGAGAACUCCAAAUUGACAUGCAUUAGGAUACUCACCACAUCUCCUAAAGGUGACUGCAGUAACACCACCAACACCACUGUGGAGAUUGUAGGCACUGAUGGGCAAAAUGGAGACGAGAAGCAAAAUGUUGUAGCACGUAAGAUUGUCAAGAUGACUAAGCAGCCUGCAAAAAAGAAGACACCUCCAUCCAGAGAGAAAAAAGUGACCAGGACUAUUCUGGCCAUUUUACUGGCCUUCAUCAUUACCUGGACACCAUACAAUGUCAUGGUACUCAUCAACAGCUUCUGUGCAUCCUGCAUCCCCAACACAGUAUGGACAAUCGGUUACUGGCUAUGCUAUAUCAACAGCACGAUCAACCCUGCCUGCUAUGCGCUCUGCAAUGCUACGUUCAAGAAAACCUUUAAACAUCUCCUUAUGUGCAAUUACAAGAACAUAGGAGCCACGAGGUAAAACUGGGGAGAGAAAAAAUGGGCGUUCCAAGUUUUCUAUAUAUGUAAAAAUCGAUGCCACAGCACUUUAUGCUCUAGUAUGAAAUCCAGAAGUCUAGAGGACAUGGGAGCAGGGCGUUGCUGCACCUCUGACAUCUGUACAUCAAGGACAAGAACUUUUCUGCCACUUGGAGGUAGGAAAGGGUAACUAGGCCAGUUGAGGAGAUGAACUUGAGGCGGCACUCCCUACUGUCCAGUCUCAUGCAGAAGGGCUUUGAAUCCCAUUUUCUUUGAGCCCAGUCCCCAUCCCAAAGAACACCUCCUACACAAAGCCUGUCCGGGGGAGGCCUAGCAAGAAGGGGAGUUGCACAAAAGCUCUAGCAUGCCAAUGAACUGAAGAACAUCCUGGGAGAGUGUCCGUUCUUCUGAUAUAACAGUGGCUAUUUGGGUGCAUGUUCACUUAGUGGGAGAGAGAAAAACGAAACCCUUCAGCGAUAAAUAUCUACAUGAGAGUGUAAAUGUUUGGAAGGGAAAAAACAGCAAUCCAACCAGCUCAACUGAUCCCAUAGGAAAGGGGCACAGAGGGGGUGAGGGAAGGGCUGGAUGUUCAUGUUUACCUCUCUGUUGUUGCUUAGCACUGCAUUAGAAACAUAUAAGCCUUACCUCCCAGUGGAGCCAGUUUCAGUCACACUUUGAAGAAUGUGCUACAUUCUUCCCCUCUUAAAUCAGUGGGGCUUCAAAGUUCUGGCAUUUGGCUUGGAUUGCAACCUGUGUCUGGGAGCUCCUGGUCCAUUGCAGCUUCUCUCUUGAGCUUGAGAGGAGCUAUCCAUGCUGCUCCAUGAUGGUGGAUGCCAACUCUCAAACAGGUUCUCCGCCAUUCAGCACCAUGGAUAGCUCCUCUCGAGCUCCAAAGAGAAGCUGCAUGGUAUGAACAGCCCUGCUCUAGCUUCCAUGGAUCAAUUACCAGGUGCCCUGUGUCAAUCAGUUCUUCCUUACAAACGAGCGCUUAUAGGCAGGCAAGUCAAAUGGGAACUGGAUGCCCUUUUUAUCACUUGCCACACUGUAGGGAGUAUCUGAAUCCUGAGGUUCAAGCCUUGAGGAAUCUACAUCCCAACCUUGAUUCUCAUAGUGACAGAGAAUAGAGGUUUGAGAGCAGUGCAUAUUUAGCAUAGCAUUCAAAACUCUGGACCUACAUAACAGGUGCAACAUUGCACUCCAGACAGAGAAAUGGACCACUGGAGGAAACUUGUUUUCAAGUCAUCACCAUGUCAGCUGAGGAGCAUCACAUUAAAAUGUAUAUAGGUAUAGGGUAUUUUGAUUUAGGCUGUGCAGACAUCACAUGGGAUAGCAUUGCUGACAGUGAAGACACCAGGUCAUAUUGCCCAUAUGUUCGUACAUUCUGUAGGAGUGCAAGUUUGCCACCCAGAGAUUCUCUGAAGCUUCAGAUUCCCCCUUGAGUUAGUUGUGGUCCCUCACAUGUCCAAGCCCUCAUUGUACUUGAGGGUUUCAGGCCACCUCUCUGUUCUACAACUGCAGGAGAGAAGUGCAGAUGACCAGCCAAGGAAGCCUUUCUGCACCUGUAGGCCAUAGGUCAGGUGAGCUACAUGAAAAGCUUAAGAUUCCCUUCUCUUAGCUUCAAUGGCAAAGGAAGCAGCUAGGGAUCUGUAGCAGCUAGGCAUCCAGGCAAGUUGCUAGCUGUCCACUUACACUUGGCCAAGAAAGAGGAAAUUCACCAAAAUAAAGGACAAAAAAUGGACUGAGAUUUACAUAGCUGUCACAAGAAGUAGUGUAAUAUAAACAGGAAUGUGGUGCAGCUCACCAUGGUGGGGAAGACUGACAGGAGGUGAGCUGUGUACCUGCAAAGUCUACUGUCUAGGUACUAGGGAGUGAUGGGCAUUUUCAAGGCCCUGCUGUCUCUUCCUAGGAUUCUCUAGCAUGACCUUGAACCUGGACUAGGCAGUCCUUCAAAAAUGGUAUGCUUUCAAAUAAAGGACUGCCCUCCCCAAAGUAGCAUGCAGAUCGCAUUACAGGCAAGGGUGCAAUAGGCAAAGUAUCUGUGGGGAAACAGACAAAUAAAGCCAUAGCCUACCUCUCCAUCCAGAGAUGCAUGGCAUAUUUCCAGUCCAGUCUGGCAACCCUGUCCCAUCCCGGCUGUUCAUUGAUGUAUACCAAAUAGAUGUUCUGAGCUGCAUGUUAUCAUCAAGAGAAAAAGCCUCUUGGUAUAUCUCAAUCUCACAGGACUAUCCUAGCCAGAACCUGCCCCUAAAUCUUCACAUGGCAAAUAGGAAUGAAUCCCUCUGAAGCUGAUGAAUUAUGUGAUUCUUUCAGACAUCAAUUCACCUUCAGGCCUUUUAAUGUAGCAGACUAAACUCUGUAAGCACAGUUUCCUAGCUUAAUGUCUUGGCCUACUUGGAGAGAGAACUAGGAAUGGAGAGAGAGGACGAAAGGUGGGCAUAGAUAGAUAGAUAGAUAGAUAGAUAGAUAGAUAGAUAGGGUACAACUUUAUUUAACUUCACAAAAUUCACCAGAAGGAAGCUGGCUGGCCCUGAAAUAACAGCCCUGAGUUGGUGCUCCCCCAUCAACCUAUGAAUCCAUGGAAGAAAUCCCACUUGCAUUUGGUUAAUUGAAAACAUUUUGGUUACUCAAAAAUUCAGGGAUGGGUUUCCCCCAGGAUUUGUUUGGCUUAGUGACUUGACUGCUGGAUCAAGAUCUGAGUUCUGCCCCAGCUCAGCUAUGAACCUCACUGGGUGACUUGGGACCAUCACUGACUCUCAGCAUAACCUACUUUCCAGGAUUGUUGUAUAGUAAAGAAGAGGAGGACCAUCUAAGCUGUCUUGGGUUCCUUGCAGGAAAACAGACAGGAAAUAAAAUGUAUUAAAUAAUAAUACAUAUUCUUUCAUCCUCACAUAGAUGUGAUGGAUGCCACCCAGUGAUAAGGGCAUGUAUGGGAUCAACUGAAUUUCAGAGUGCUGACAAUUUAAAAUACUCUUAGUAGGGAAUAACUCCUUGAUUCUCCUAUGUAAACCUGUAUAGGAUUCCUUUCACUAGUCUGUACCAUGCCAAAACCAGUCUUUAAAAGGGAGACUAAAUGGGAGGAUCCUGAACUUUGGCUGGAUGGCAUUUCAGGGAUUCAGUAUGGCCCUGCAGUAACUUCCUAGCUCACUAUUCCUAACUAGCCCACAAAUAGUUUUGGGAUUCAAACUUUCCCAACAUUGAUUUCCUAUAAUCAAUGAUCUUGUUUGUUUCAGGAGUAUUGUAGCAACCCCUUGGAAUUCAUUGUUGUUAUAUCAAAAGCCUUUUUGGUUGUAUACUUGUUAUAUGACAUUCUUAGUACCUAAUUAAAAUGGUAAUAUAAAUGUACUAGGAAGUCAGGCUCUUUGAACUCCAUAGGGCUUAAAUCUAUGCAACUGCACAUAGAAUAGGGUUGAAAAGGUGCUCUACCCGACCAGAUGUCUGUUUAUUGCUGCUUCUGGUUCCGCUACUUAAAAGUCUGAUGAAGGAAGUCCAUUUGGACUGUUUGCACAGUACAAUGAAUGUACAUAGAAGUUAGGCUGGAAAUAUGGCCAUUAGCUCUGCCCCAGCUUUUAUAUGUAUUCAGCAUACACACUGAAAGACUCUGCAUGUGUACAAACCAAUGGCACACCGGCUCUUGUACACAUGACUGAGGACUCUUGAAAAGGCAGCUUACCUGGCUGCAUAUACUGAAUUCAUGCACAAGCCUAAUAAUUUUGUUAUUGCCUUUCUCUUACUUUCCCAUCUGCUAAAUGCUCAAAAAAUUGUUCAGGGUGAGGACUUUCCAUUAUUGGAGAGGGAGACAGGGUGAGUAUAAUGGUAUAAACAGUUUUCCCUUCCUCACAGCCAACAUGGUUACUCUGAAAACAAAAAGAAUGCCCUAUGACACAGUGACUCUAGUGCAAUUUCCAACCAGACUGCAUCAGCGACCACUAAAUCACAAAUGUUGCCUUUUUAUUGCUGAUUUAUGUAGCACGUUAAGACCCCUUCCCAAAGCUGAAAGUUCUGGUCCACCCUAUCUGUUUCAUCCAUAAUGCCCUGUCUUUCUUCUCCUAAUCAGUGAAACACCAUCUUCUAAAUUCUGAUCUGAAAUUAUUGCAAGGCAAGCUUCAGGUUGGGGGUUGGGGUCUUCAGCAAAUCAACACCAGUGGCCCAGCCUCCUUGGAACUGGCUCUGCCUCUUCCUCACCUGCAACCUAAGGAACAGUGGCUGCAUGCUGAAAGUAGCAGGGGGUAGCAGCUACUGCUGAGCAUUCCUCUGCCUUCUUCCAGAAGACCUAGUGGACAUAAUCCUUAUUGCUCCAUCCCUGAGGAAGAGGAACACUGAGGAAGCAGAUGAUGGUGGCAGCAGUUAAUAAUCAAUGCUGCAACACUGGUUCUUCCCCCAAAUGAAUGGACAAGUGAGCAAAUGGCAAAGGCAUUGAUAGGAAGCAGUAAUCAUAGGUCAGAAAGAAGAGCUUUCCUGGGGCAAUGAGCCCUCAGCAGAUGUCUGAGGAUGUCAAGCCCUCAUGUUGGCUCUGUGGAUCCAGCAAAUGUUAAGAUGAGGUUGUGCAUCUGCCCUGAGCCCUUCUUUCUUCAGCAGAACUCAUCAGAUCCACUUUGACAGAUGAGAAGUUGAGGCUAAGAUGUAGCGUCAGCUCCAGCUCCUUCCAAUUCAGCUGCCAACGUUUUGGCAAAGGAGUAGCACAAUGAGGUGAGGCAAGGUUAGCUAAGGCCAUGGGCAAAGGCUAGACACUAGCCUUGUGCUGAUUCUUUCUCUUUCUUUAUUUAUUCAUUCAUGGUAUGUCGAUACCAUUUGAAUUAGCAUAGCGCUGUUAGAACAGUUUACAGCAAGCAAUUAAAGUGUUCCAAAUAACAACAAUUCUAAACAGAUUUAAAACAGACUUAAAAGCAGACUCACCUGCCAUAAAACAUCCCUACAGCAGUAAAAUUUGACGGGCAUAUGUAACAAUGAUAAACAAAGUAAUAGAAUACAAUGCAUAAUAAUAGUCAAUCCACCUGUGACAGAACAAUUAAAAGCCAAUGUAAAAAUAUCAGCAAUUAAAAAGGCAAGAAAAUAAGAAAAUUUAAUCUGGCACUGAAUCACAUAUAGCAUUGGUGUCAGGCAUAUCUCCCUGGAGAGCUGAUUCCACAGAUGGGCCACCCCAGCUGAGAAGGCACUUCCCCUUGUAGCCACCCUCAUGACUUCCUUCAAGGGUGGCUCAGGGAGAAGGACCUCCGAAGAUGAUCUAAGGGUUUGGAUAGGUGUAUAAGGGAGAAGCCACUUCUUUAGAUAUCCAGGCCCUAAGCCAUUUUUAUUUAUUUAUUUAUUUAUUUAUUAUUAGGACAUUUUUAUGCCGCCCCAUUCGCCGAAGCCUCGGGGCGGCUUACAACGAUUUAGGGCUUUGUAUGUUAGUCUAAGCACCUUAAAAGCAGACCUGGACUUCAACUGGUAACCAGCACAGAGGAUACAGCACUGAGUUAAGGUAUGGCAUUAACAUGCAAGGAGAAGGAACGCCUCUUCAGUCUUCAUGACCAACGCCCUCUACCCUGAAGAAAUCAGUGUUUGGAUCACGUAGAUUGUUUCAGGAGUCUUUCCUCUGUGGAAAUUUGCCCUCCUUGAAUUUGGGGGGGGGGGGGGAAUGAUGGAAGGAGCAGAGCUAGCAGGCUUCGCCUACUCGCAUGCUUAUUCAGGAUCAGAACGCUCCUGCCAAAAUGCGGCCUAGUGAAGCAAGACUGUACUGAGGAUCACACUCCUGUUAUAGCCGCUGUUCCUAGAAGCUAAGGAACCUGAGGUUUGACCUUGAAUUGAAGCAGCUGCAUGGACAAAUUUCACUUGCUAUUUAGUUUAUUUAUUUAUUUAUUUGAGGUAUACCCUGCCUUUUACUGUGAAAGAAAUCCAAGAGGCUUACAUCAUUCUCCUCCUGCUACUCUCAAUCUUAUAUUUACUGAAUACCCUGCCUUUCCACCAAGAAGAGUUCUGGUGAAGUAGGUAUGCCUGAGAGAUGGAGGUUGUCCAAAAGUCACCCAAAGAGCUUCAGUGCUGCAUAGGAAUUUGGACUGUUUGCAUGACUCUUGUCAAUUUGAAUUGACCUCUUAGCAGUUAUUUCCUCUGGCCUGUGUUAGAAAUAUGGUUUCACAUUUGGUUUAUAACCCCCUUUUGGAUUAAGACCUCAGAGUGAUAUACUGAAAGGCACUUAGUGAUUCUAGGAAGCUUCCAAAUCCAUCAGUUUCCUCAGGACCUCACCAGCAGUAGCUGCUUCUUUUUCAACUGAAAAGCAUAUAUAUACUUUACUCGGCUGAAUAAUGGGUUAGAUUCUGAUUUAGUCAUAUGCUGCAGAGGUUCAUUUAAAUUCAUUGGACAUGUCUGCAGCUAUGCAUAAUACGUGCAUGAUAAUUGUGCAAAAUUUAUUCAGCAAAUUUAGUAGAGCAACAAUAGCUCUGUUUCCUACCUACAGCUAAUCAGAACUCUGUGACCAUGUUCAAGUUGUACUUACCCCUUGUGAUUCAAGCUGCUCUGUCAUCCAUCCUUUGAAAUCCAAAAGCUUUGAAUUCAGUCUUUUGGAAGGAGACUUGGGUUGGUACAGGAUGGAUUAGAGCAGGGCCAUUGAAAUAAAUCCCUCCUGGCUACUUAACGAUUUCAUCAUUUAAGGAAAGAUUAAGUCAUUGACAAUCUCUAGUGGAUUGCUCAAUUUCUCAUAGUUUCCCUUGUUGUCUUAGACCUAGAUGACAUUUUGCAUUUCCAUCAUGUCAUUCUGCCUUUUGAAGUAUAAUUCACUUGGAUCUCAAUGUGACUCUUUUUCUAUUUUUAGAAAAAAAAUGGUGCCUUUGAGCUUCCCAUUUUUGUGUGACUCUCAACUGCUUAAUGGGUUGACAAAGACAAUUAUAUGUUCCAACUUUCUGCUACUUCUGGCUCAAACACGGCAGUGAAACAGAGGGCAGCGUGACUGACAGCAAUAAUAAACCCUCCCUCUGUUCUGAGAGUCAAAAGAGGUGGUUCUAACUUCAUUUUCAGAUUUUACAGAAUAUCACUGAAUUGGAGCCAGAUUUAGUCAUAUGUGGACUAUUGAAAUCAAUGGGAUUUAAGUUAGCUGUGAGUGACUUCAGUCUCACUGAUUCAGUAGAUCUACUCUAAGUAUGCUUUAAGUCUGGAAUGAACCCAGUGCUCUUUUCCUUACAUGCAAUCAAGCAAAAAUAGCUGGUUAAGCCAUUGGCGAUUCCCUAUGGUAGGAAGCAAGGAAGAACAAGGUCAUGGUUCUCCCAUUUCAGUUAUGGAGAAAUAGCAAAGCUUUUCUGGCCAUGGUGCUGGGGAAAGAUGCACCCCUGACAGGCAUUUUCUGACAGCCAUUCUUCACAAGACAUUCCCUUUUAUGAUGCACAGUUUGUGAGUGCUAAAAAACAGAAUCCAAAGCAGAUUGAGAGGAGGCACCAUGGUCCAAUGGGGACUAGAACCCACAUCUCCUGAGUGUCAGUCCUUCAUUCUUAACCACUGCACAUCACUGGCUCUCAACCAUUUCCCAUCAAUCAUCCAUAGGAAAUUCUUCUAAGUUUUUGUAAUUUUUAUUUUCCCAACAUAUACAAUUACAUAGUAAAAAAACAUAACAAAAGAGAAACUAACAUAAACAGAACAGGCUAAAGUGAACAAAAUAAACAAAGGUGCCAAGGGAAUUACACACAAACACAGCCCAUAUACUGCAGUCCCCAGAACCAACUCUCUUUGUAUCUUCCCACGCUCUAUGAGAGUUUGCAAAACAGAAUCAUUAUUCUGUACAUCAACAGGUUUUCUAACCAGUUCAAAUUCUAAUGUUUUUCUUUCUCCCUGCCAAACUCCCUGAAUUUCUAUUAAACAUGCUAAGCACAAUAAAAUUUCCAUUUUUCAAUAAAUUCAUCUAGCGGUCUUAUAUUUAAUUAUAUAAAUUAUAUAUAGCUUUGCCAUCACUGCAUAUUCUGCUAAUCUAUUUCUCCAUUCUUCAAUGGUUGCGGACUGCAGUGAUGUCCAUUUUGAGGCUAUUGAUCCAUGGAAAAUUCUUGUCACCCAUCCAUUUUUUGGAUGGGUGACAGGAAUCUUGAGAAAAGGUCUUCUGGGAUAAAGGAGCUACUUUAAGACAUGAUGGCCACAUAAAAGACAUACUAGAAUUUAAGUUACUUUAAUAUCAUAUAGCGGAAUAAUGAAAAGGAAUUUCACAGUUUCCAGUUGACUGGGGUGAGGGGUGGAGGUAAUCUCAUGUCUUUAGCAGCAACUUAACUUGCCAAUCUCAAGCUGAAACUUUUCAUGGAAUGGAGAUAAACUGUCAAGUCCUACAAAUCAAACCACCAUCAAAUAUAUGUCUAUGAGGCAUAUGCAACAAAUACCCAUCCUGGUCUCACUUGUCUUUGUCCUGUACUCUGUACUUCCACUGCAAUGGCUAUUAGUGGAGUGGAUACUUUUCUCCUAUGGGGAAAGCUCCACACAUCUUACCACAGGGUAUGUCUUGAUGGAGGGGCAUAUUACUGAAAAUAGAGAUGAUCCAACCCUCCCUCCCGCAGCCGUUCUGUUCCUUCUGGUUGCCUUACAUUGUAGCUUCAACGUUUCUGAUGCAUGUGAGAACAUCAUUUCUGGCAACCAGAUAUUUUACCAAAGUGCUGCUCAUCAACUCCCACCCAUUUGCUGCCAGCGUGAUCAAACGCCUUCCCACACUGAUAUAUCAGGGGUUAGAUCCCAGUCUACUUUCAACUCACAGAAAGUGCCUCUGGUCAAUUUCCAUGAGAAUAGCAUUCCAGGUUUCUUUUGGAUAGAAUUUACCACAAGUUGCAAAGUCCUUCCUAUUUGGAAUGAAAAAAAAAACAAAAACCAAACAAACAAACCCUGGGAUGAAAUCAAUUUAGAUGUGGGAGAAACUGAAACUGACAGACUUGUGCACCCAGGCAGGGCUUUGAGUCUUCUGUUUGAAAUCUGGGUUCCGCUCCAUGCGUAUUCAACCUUGCUAGCACCUACUCAGGAUUUCCACCUCUUUUUAUUCCCCCUGCCCCCCAGACAGGCUCCACAUGGUUGAGUGUGUUAUGGCAGGCACACACAACAUGAUCUUCUCCAUGCUGGGAAUAAGUGUACCUUCUGAAUUUGGCUGACAUAGAUGAGUGAGAAUUUUGUUUCAGCUCAUUUUUAUAAGAAUUUGCCGCAGCUCUCAAGGUCCUUCAUUUUCAAGAGAGAAAGAACUUGAGAUUUAAAGCAAAAGUGAAUGCAGGAAGACAGAUACACCUAUCUGCAAAUUGGGGAACCCAGCUCCCAACAUGCAUGACAAUUCAUCCCAUUCAGCCUGAGUUCUCAGCAUCCAUGUAGCCUUCUCUGGAGCCUGGGAAGAGGAGGGAUGGAGAAGGCUCCAUGUACCAGCCCAGUUUCCUGUAUCAAAAUCUGGAUGCAAUCCUUUGACUGUCUCCCCAAAAGAACUCUCAGUUCCACAUGUUAGUUCACUUUCAGAAUCAUGUCAGGAAUCCUUCAAGAAUUUCCAUAGUACCUUGGAAUCUAUCUCAUAUCUGCCUCUGGUAUUGUUUGAAGGUUGACCUUCAAAUCUGGUGGGAGAGACUGAUUGCACUAACCUUCCUUGGUAAGGGUAGGGUUAGUACCAUUGGCCUUUUGCUGGAGGAACUCUCCAUGAUCCAGCAGACCUGUAGAGUGGUCCUCCAGAAAAGCAGUUUCCAUCUGAAGUGGAAUUUAGACAACCUGACUGUCCAGUGCCUACCUGGGUCCAGGGAGGACUGUUGUGAACACACAGGCUCUAAUGAAAUUUGUGUUACAACCUGGAAGAAGCAGAGCACUUUUUAAAAGACUUGCCUAACCCCUUGCGUCCACCUAAAAUUGCUAUAGGAAUUAUAGUUUAUAUAAAAUGACCUAUUGUAUCUCAGCCGGUUGAAUCUCACUAAAGUCAUUAGUACUAUGGCUCAUUGCAUAUGUCAUCCCAGUGAUGUAGCGGGUGUUAGGAAGCUAAAAUAUUUCGAUAGCUUGCUGUACUUGGGGUUGUACUUUGCUGGCUGUAUGAAGGGAUACCCCCAUAAUAAAGGGCUUCUCUGCUGUGGUUAUGGCUGCCUCGGACCAUGUGAGUAGCCUUCUGAACCAUGUAGAUGGUCUUCCAAAUUACACAGUUGUCCUUUCAUUUGAAAAACCAACCAUAUGGCUUGCCAUCAAUGUAAUUCAGCUCCCUGGCUGCAAUCAUGCUAUUGAGAAUAUUGCGUAAUCAUUCACAAGGUGAAUGAAUACAUGCAUUUUCCACUGUUGGUUAUAGAAAGAACUAUUUUUUUAUGGUGUUGAGAGUGGGCACACACUGAUGUCUUUUUCUCCUUAGCCAGCAAUAUUAAUGCAGGUGCUCACCUUCCUCAAUGGAAAAGAGAGAUUUGGAGAUGUUAUAUGGAGUAUGAAACCUUAAAUGUAGAAAAUUCAAAGUCCAAAUACACUUUAUCAUGUGCUUGGGGCAUUCAUUACUUGACCAACUAAUGUUUCGUUAAUGGAAACAUAAUGAUGAGAAAUGGGGAAUCCCACUUUUUCUCUGAACCCAACCAAAGGGACUGACUACAGAAUGAUGGCACAUUGAUUCUGUCCUCCCAUCACAUCUUCUGGGAGGAUACAGGAUAUUUGGAUGUCACAGAUGGUUCCAUGUCAGUGGUACCUCCAAAGAUACCCAUCUUGUACUGUACUGCAUAGGAAAAAUAAUGAGCGUCCACCAAGGGUUGCUAAUAAGUGGACUUGCAACAAUUUAUCCCUUAACUGCUGGUGCCAUAUUACAGCGGACAGUGUUGAGCUGGAGGCUAAUUAAUCCAUCUGUAAAUACCAACUGGUAGUGUGUUUCAACAUGACCAAACCAUAACUUGGCUAUGUACAGAUAUAGUACAAUACCUGUAAUAUUGUUGAACAUGAGUUACAAUGUAAAUAAAGCUACAAUGAAUGUCUGAUUACUGUUCAAACUGUGUGUGUGGAAGGGAACAACCCUUCCUGAUAUUGUUUGGGUUUUUGUUUUUGUUUUAAUCUGUUGAUCCUUUAUACAAAGGCCAGAAAUCUUGUCUUAAAAGUUACUGUCUGAAUGAGAGAGAGUGCAUUGCUCGUAAAAGAGGUGUGGACACUUAUGUGAAGCAAGAUCAUUAACUGAAUGAAAAUAAUUGUUAACAAGACUUCCAGGUACUGGCUGCAUUCUUGAUAAUGCCGUACAUUUGAUCUCAUAGAAAUAAGAUAAGCACAAAUUUUAUGGUUGACUUCCUAAAGCCAAACCACAGUGAUAUACAUAUAUACAUAUUAUAGAUAUAUAUUUAUAUAAUCUGUAUAGAUAUACAUACUAUUUACAUGGUAUUCCAAGGGAGAAAAUGAAGCAUUGUAGAAAGAGAUACCUUUGAGAAUUUGCACAUAAUGUCACCCAUCAAAGGUGAAGAAAACAGACCAGGGCACUGAGCAGGUGCAUCAUAGGGGCAUGGCUACCAGCCAUGGGGAGCUGUGACCCAUUGAGAGGCUGUGGCUCUAACCUAGAAGACCUUACGAGGACAGAUCCGAAGAGAACAUAUUUUGCAGACACAACUUAAAAAAAAAAACAACCCACCCUACAUGCAAUAUAUAUGUAUGUACUUCUGCCAAGUUGUAUUCCUAGUUUGAGCAUUGCAUUAAGAAACAAAAUAUACUAACAACUAAUAAAAAUGUUUUUGUAUGUGC